UGAAAUUAAAAGCGCGCUUAAGCGCAAAAGCGAGGCGCUAAUGCACUCUGCCGCUUCGCAUGACCUAAGGCGAGGCUCAUUUCCCUAUACUGCAAUUAAUGGGAAGUCACAGAGUUUCUAAAAGACCAAAAAAAAAAAAGAAGAAGAUGAAGAAUUAUAAGAAGACAAGAGGACUUGAAGGCUUGAAGAAGCUCAAAAAAAAACAAUCAGAUCUGAUUCUUCUUCCGCUGGCAGACAAGCAGCAAGCAAAUAUAGCCUAUAGAAGUAGAAAUGGCAGAGGACUUGUCUAAAGGCAAUAGAAGGGAUCCUGGUUGGAAAUAUAACUACUUGAAGGACCCCGAUGACACUACAAGAGUCACGUGCAAUUUUUGUGGAAAAACAACCACGGGUGGAAUUAAUUGGGCAAAACAACAUUUGAUUGGAAAUUUUAGGAAUGCAGCGAAGUGUAAAAAAUGCCCAGAGGAGGUUAGAGAGGAACUGAAAAAUUACAUGGAGGAGAAAAAAAUAAGAAAGGAAGUCUAUACUAACGAGUUUCCCGAAUUUGAUGAGUUUGAAUAUCAAGACAAUAUUGGUGGAGAAGAUGAAGUCCAAGAGAUCAAUCAUAAGAAAAGAGGCGGAGGAAGCUUUCCUAGUGGCUCUAAUAAGAAACUGGCCAAAGGAAAGGGACCUAUGGAUAUGUUUCUACAAAAGCGUGGAACACUUAGGCAAACAAAUAUCAAAGACUCGUGUGAUAAAGAAGCAAGAGCAAUGACGAUUCAAAAAGUAGCUCGCUUCUUUUAUGAUAAUGGGAUCCCAUUCAAUGUAGCUCGCUCAAAAAGUUUUAAGGAAGCAAUUGAGGCUGUAGGAAGGUAUGGUCCAAACUUGAAGCCUCCAAGCUACCAUGAAUUAAGAGUUCCAUUACUUAGGAAGGAAGUUGAGUUGACCAAUGAGAUUAUAAACAGACAUAGAGAAGAAUGGGUGAAGUAUGGAACUUCCAUUAUGGCAGAUGGUUGGACAGAUAAAAAACAGAGAACUUUGAUAAACUUUUUGGUGAAUUCUCCACAUGGAACAGUGUUCAUUGAGUCGAUAGAUGCUUCCUCACUUGUUAAGACCGGAGAGAAGUUAUGUGAAUUGCUAGAUAGAUAUGUGGAACGCGUUGGAGAACAGAAUGUGGUUCAAAUUGUAAGUGAUAAUGGUAGCAACUUUGUGUUGGCUGGUCAACUGUUACAGAGAAAAAGACCACACAUAUUUUGGACGCCAUGUGCAGCUCAUUGUAUAGAUCUUAUGUUAGAAGACAUAGGGAAGAUUCCUAUCAUCAAGAAGACCCUCCAAAAAGCAAUUGCCCUUGUCGGUUUCAUUUAUGGACACUCAGGAGUCUUAAAUAUGAUGAGAGAUUUCACUAAAAAUAAAGAGUUGGUGAAAUGUGGAAUUACUCGAUUUGCAACGAGUUUUCUGACUUUGCAACGGUUGCAUUGUCAAAAAACAAAUCUGCGAGCAAUGUUUACAUCUGACAAAUGGGUGAUUAGUAGGUGGGCUAAGUUACCAAGGGGGAAAAGUGCAACACAUAUUGUCUUGACGGCAACAUUCUGGAGUCAGGUUUCUAAUAUUUUGAAGAUAAUGGGGCCUCUUGUUAAAGUGUUGCGAUUAGCUGAUAAUGAGAAAAAACCUGCCAUGGGGUACAUUUAUGAAGCUGUGGAUAGAGCUAAGGAGGCUAUUGCAAAGGCAUUUGAAGGGAAUGCUGCAAAGUAUAAAGAUAUCUUUAAGAUUAUUGAUGAAAGAUGGCAAUGCCAAUUGCAUCAUCCAUUACAUGCUGCUGGACAUUAUUUAAAUCCAGAGUUCUUCUUUCAAAAUCCAGGUAUUGAGAAUUGUCAAGAAGUAACAGAUGGGUUGUAUGCUUGUAUUGAAAAAUUGGUUCCAAGCACUGAAGUACAAGACAAGAUCAUAUCAGAGAUAGCAUUGUACACAAGAGCUGAACAACAAUUUGGCCUUCCUAUUGCAAAAAGAGCUAGAACGAAAAGAUCUCCUGUUGAAUGGUGGAAUUUAUAUGGUAAUUCAGCUCCCAAUCUCCAAAAAUUAGCCAUUAGAAUUUUGGGUUUAACAGCUAGUUCUGCUGGAUGUGAGUGUAACUGGAGUGUGUUUGAGCAUAUCCAUACCAAAAAAAGAAACAGAUUGGAGCAUCAAAGAUUGAAUGAUCUAGUGUUUGUUAAGUAUAAUCGUGCUUUAAAAGCUCGUUAUGACUUGCGGAGUGUCAUUGAUCCAAUCUCGUUGGAUAACAUUGAUCAUAGUAAUGAAUGGUUGGUUGGGAAGAUGGGUAUUAAUAUGGAAACAGAAGAUGAAUUGGUGUUUGGUGAUGACAACUUAACUUGGGGUGAUGUUUCAAGAGCGUCGGGCAGUGAGGAUGUGUUGGCAUACACAAGGCGACAAAAGAGACAGUCGGAAGUUAUUACAACUAAUGCCUCAAGUUCCCGAGCUCCACGUGUUGACAUAGAAGAUGAGGUUGAUUCAGAUGAGUCAGGGGAAGAAGAGAUUGAAGGCUAUAAAUCUAGUGAUACUGAUACCAAUGAGAAUCACCCUAUUGAGGAAGAUGAUAUGGAAGAAUAUUAUUCUAGUGAUUAGAAAGAAGUAGAAUAUAUAAGCAACAUAUGUUUUGAUAAACCAAUCUUCAUUAUAAGCACUAUAUAUUUAC